AUGAGUGGAAACACUGAAAAAGAUAUACUACUUGAUGAAGUUAUCAUACAAAUGGUGAAACCAAACAAUUUUAUUUACGAUAAGUCGAAUGACAAAUAUUAUACUGAAUUUAGAUCGCAACGAACACAAGUUUUCGAAACUAUUUCCCAAGCGAUUUAUCAACUAUACGAAGUGCACAUUACAGAAAAAGAGAUUGAAGCGAGAUGGUUCUAUUUAGUAAAAAAAUUCAAAGGAGAAAAAGCAAAAAAACGCAAAUACCAGCCAUCUGGAUCAGAAAGAAAACCCGAAGUGACCUGGGAAUUGUAUAAUGAGAUGAGUUGGCUUGAUCCAUAUCUGAGUCAUGAACUACAAAUUUCUUCAGACGACGUGGAGUUUAUAACAAAAUCUGAAAUCACCAAUAAAUUUUGUCGGAAACGAAAAGUAGAUGAUGGCGAUGACUUACAAAAAACCAUUGAUGAAAGCGUAAAAUUGAUGAAAAUAAUACAAAAUAAUGUAGCAACUACCACGACUGAUCGAAUGCCAGAAAUUGAACCAUUUUUAAAAUUAAUUGCAUCUGGUUACAGUAAAAUACCAGAAUCAAGAAAAUACCAAUGUACGAAGGAAAUAAUUUUGUACAUUGUAGAAUUUAAGAAAAAUAUUGAAUAAAAAAACGUGCAUUUAUAACCUUUAAUUCUUAUAGUUUUGUUAUUUCAUUGUUUAC